AUGCCCGGAGACAAAAUGCUAUCCGCAUCUCCUCGCGCCCGCACCUCAAGCCCAGUAGCUUCAAAGCCAACAACGAAGGCAAGUAGCGAAACUUCAUUAGCCACCCAAGAAGGCGACAAGAAGUGGUCUGUUCCUACGAGCCAUCAAAAACUAUUGGCUCUAAGCCCGCUAACGACUAAGGUUAGGUCACAAAUCCAGACCAAAUCAGAAAAGUCGCUAAAAACUCGUUCUCAGGCAAAAAUGAGCGACGACAUUGCAUUUGCAGCCCUCGCGCGGUUCAUCACGGUGUCCGACCGGAUGAGUCAUUUCAGAACGACCAUAGAAACUCCAGGACAAUCAGCUCAGUCCAUCCACACCUGCAAGGUCCGUAAAGAACAAGUCCGCUCACUCUGGGAAAAAGCCGAGAGAGAAUUUGAAUCGUGUCAAGACACGGUUUGCAGCAUUACGACUGAAGGAGAGGAGGAGAUUCUGGCGACUCUGUAUCGAAAAUAUGAAUAUUGCUAUUCGGUGUACGAAGACCUAUCGGUUCAGCUCAACGAGCCCAUGGAUCAAGCCACUCCGCAGCAUUCAACCUCCGCCCUUCCACCCAAUCAGUCCAACUACGUUCCGUCUGGGUUCCGGUUACCGCCAUACCAGGCUCUGAAAGAUCUUCAGAGCACAAUCCAAGGGUGUUUGAUCGCUCUGGCUUAUUCCGAUAUUUCCACUGAGAAUUGGGACUGUCUCCUGGUAUUCCUGUGCACCAGUAGAUUACCAAAAGUGACCCUCUCUUUAUGGGAACAGUCUCUUUCAUCCAAGUCUGACAUUCCGACGUGGGAUGAGAUGAACACGUUUCUUGGUGACCGAUACCGAACGCUAGAGGCGAUUGAGGAUAUGAAAUCAAGCCUCAGCAAUCACUCUAGCACUAAGAGUCCACCCUUCUCCCGGAAGCUCAACUCUUUCGAAGCUAAGGUGGUCACAAAACCAAAGAAUUGCGAUCUGUGCGCAAGAGAGAAUCAUCCCGUACGCUUAAUCCAGCGUUUUCUCCAGAUGUCUGUCGAUGCGCGAACCAACUACAUCAAACAGAAACGGCUUUGCUUAAAUUGUUUCGCGAGAGGCCACCAGCUACGUGAAUGUACUAGCAUCAUACGUUGCUGCAUAAAGGCAACUUCGAUUCCCGUGGGCCAACUGACGGGAAUAGUUCUUCGGGUCUUAGGAAAACUUGUCACUAAGUACUGGGAGGUGGAGAACAUACCCACAAAAGAGGAACCCAAGAAGUCCAAUAUUCAAGAAGAAUCGAUGACUACACCCAUCGAAGCCGCAUUAUUUGCGCCUCGUGUUAUCGAACCUGUUUUGAAAGAAAAUCCACCAGCCAGUUCGGAAGUAAAUGCUUCACAAGUUGUGUCCACAACGCCAGUGGAGCAAGAGAUUCCAUUAUUCGUGCCAGUGCCAGCUAUAUCGGGGCAAAGUCCGGGCAUACCAUUGUAUCCACCACCACCAACAGCUGCACCAUCACCGACUUCAAGUGCUGCACAGUUCGUUGCUGAACCAGCACCUUCAUCAGUUUCAUCGUUCUUUUCUUAUGCUGGAGAAGAUUCUGCUGCAUCCUUAUUUUCUCCACCUACAACAUCUACAUUAUUUUCCCCCUUACCAACAACCCAAUCAGCACCAUCUGCCACAGAAGAACGAAAAUCCGGCGGAGGACUCUUCUCUUUGUCCAGCUUCGUCCCUACGGGAGUUUUGCAAAAUAUCAGAGGACUCGUCCAAUCCGCCACUGGCCGAAGCAGUGAGCCAGGUUACAACAAUCCUCAGCAACCAGGAGGCUACUCGGAAAGUUCGACAGGAGCCCACGCUCCAUCGUCGAACAUGUUUGGGGGCUUAAAUCCUCCCGUACCGUCGGGAGGUAACUGCUUCGUACCCGGUACGGCUCAGUCUGUACCCUCAACUGAAGUAGUAGCUCCCCCUGCAGUGGGAAGUUUCUUUGCGCCACCUGCUCCUUUGCCUGGAACAUCAUCAAGAACCGUAGCUGAAGGAAUAUUCAAGCCACCUGUAGGAGGUGUCUUUGGUCCUGCACCGACACCAAUUGCACCAGGACUGCCGCCAUCGUGUUUUACUCCAGCAGGAGUUCCACCUGUUGUCCCACAAUUUCCUCAAGGAACACAUCAAAACCAUGGCUCCACGUCCUCGCAAACUUUGGACGACAGGCGUUCUCGAGGUACUCAGACCUACCGCUGCCGAGUCUGUCGAGGCAUCCAUCUUCUACGGAAGUGUACCCGGUUCCUCAGGCUCAGAAGGGACAAGCGGCUCCGCGCCGUUCUCAUCAAUAAAUAUUGUGCGAAUAGCCUGGCUCAUCAACACUCCGGGGAGCAAUGUCGCAGUGGCGACACGUGCAAAAAGUGCGGGCAGAACCGUCACACGCUGCUCCAUCUGCACGAAAGGGCCGGGAUUUCUCGUCGACAGCCCAUUCAGCCACGGCGUCAGCCGCCCCCAGGGGGGGAGAAUGUUUACGCCAAAGCGGCCCAGUUCUUCCAGAUCGCUCUCAUCUCGCUCUCUCGCACUGUUAAGGGUCUCCCUCCGCUCUCCGAGCGGCAAUUGGAUUUUCCCCCCGUAGAUUUAAGUGCUAUUCUAAUUUAA